UCUAGUCGACCGCCAGAAAUUGGCGGCAACCUGCUUACCAGGCGUACCUGCAGGAAUGUUGGUGAUCAGCAAGAUGGAAUGAUAACGGGACUCGCCGGUAGACCCGCAGCGCGUCGAGGCGCUGCUGGAAACUCGCAGCACGGAAACCAGCCUGCAAGCCACCUGAAGCCGCGUCCAGCUGCAACUAUGUCAUGAAUGGCAUGCAACGUCAUCCAUCAUUGUCAAAUCUGACAUCCAUUCGCAACAUCAAUUCUGGUACAAUAAUCUUUCUAUGUUUGUCGAAAACAAAUUCGCGCGUUCGUGAAGCUGGACAAUUACAAACUGCAACGAUCAAUCCCUACGACGGGACGCUAGUUAAUUACUGCCAUGCAAUGGUGGACGAUGCUACAAUUAAAUCCUGCACAAUCGAUGGGGCGAUGGGUGUGGCACGUUGUACCCUAUCGGCCUUUCCACCCAAAAAUGCUGCCACGCGAACAAAAAGAGAUUGGUGCCCCAUUGAAUACGGAAAUGGUCGUAUGCUAUGCAAGGUCCUGCACUCCUCUCCUAGUUCUCCCGUCGAACUACGGUCUAGAAGUUUCUUUUCGCGCGCUUCGUCUGAGAGUGAGGCUAACCUUUAUAGUGAACUCAGGGGUCAGGGGGCGUUGGAGCGUGCUAAGGGCGCACGGGUGCCUACCUCGAAGGCCUAGCCUACUUUCGCGCCCAUUGCGAGCACUACUAGCGAAUACAGAUAAUGUGGCGAUCUGUCUGACCACGGACCACAAAAUGGAUUUGAUCAAUUGUUUCCAUAGUCCCUCGUGCGAUUGAAUUCAAGACUGCACGUCGGAAAGCUGUCUGCUGGCACUUGCAGGGAUCAGUGUUGGAUACAGGUGAUGGAUAUUAUGGGCCGUACCUGA